AUGGAUCUCCCGCCAUCGCCGCGGGUGUUCGAACCGGCGCCAGGUGGCGGCGGCCGGAGCUUCGCCUGCGGCUUCUGCGACGUCGAGGAGGUCCACAAGAUCUCGCAGCUCCUCCUUCCCGGCCUGGCUGCCGCCAGCGUCGACAACACGGCCGGCGACCUCUUCCGUGGCCCCGCUUCCGUCGCCGUCGAGGUGCGGAAGGACCUGGUGGAGCACCUCUCCCGGAGGAGCGAGUCCCUUGUUGCUGAGGCCGUCAUGAACGCCGAGGAGGGUAGCGGUGGCGGUGGCGACGGCGGCGGCUCUGGAUCGGUGGCGGAGGGGGACGGGGCCGGAGGGCCCGCCGAGAUCGUCUCAGAUCUGCUGGAGGAUUUCGCCGCCUCCAAGCGGAACCUGCUCGGGAGAAUCUCCGGGUGGCUGAUGAGCGAGAGCCGGGAGGAUAAGAUUGACGAUUUCGUGCAGGAGAUGGAGGCGAACGGGUUCUGGCUGGCGGACCGCAGGGAAGCCCUUGCCAAGACGCUGCUGAGGAACCUGGAUUUUAGGGAAAGUUUCUGCUGCAGGAUGACCUUCGAUACGCCUAAGAAGCUGGUGGCGCACGAGAACGAUUGCAGAUUCAGGCCCGUGAGGUGUGGAAACAACGGAUGCAAGGCCACCUUCUGCACGCUCCGCUCGGAGAAGCACGAUUCGCUGUGCCCGUUCAAGAUCCUCAGUUGCGAGCAGAAAUGUCAGCUGAGGAUUCCCAGAAGGGAGAUGGAUCGGCAUUGCAUCACGGUCUGCCCCAUGAAGCUCGUGAACUGCCCGUUCUACCAGGUGGGAUGCCGGACUGAAGCCUUCCCUCAGUGCGAUGUCGAGCGGCACUGCUCGGAAUUCCUCCACUCGCACCUCCUGUACGUCCUCAAAGUUACUCACAAGCAGGAGGCAACAGUGGACGAGUUGAAACAGAGAGUCCAAAUCCUGGAAAAGGUGCGUUCUAAUUCAUCCUUACGCAAUUGGCUCACAAUUUACGCUGGCAUUUGUUGCUCCCGUAGUCAAGAUCAUCGCUGAUUGCUGUUGAAUUUUCCUUUCUGAGUUUCUUUUGACUCUUGGCUGGCUUUGAACCCUAAUUCGGACGGAUGGAGCCGAAAAUUAUAAAUAUCAUUAUUGAUCGCUCGAUCGCAAUGCAUUGCAACUUCUCCCUGCAUGGCUCACCAGGUUCGUGAUCGACCUAAGAUCUGGAGAUUGAGAGGACCAAACUUAUUGAUUGGUUUGUGCUUAAAAGAAGAUCUUGAAUCUCCACACCUCCUUUGACUUUUCUGAGGAUGUCAAUCUGACGUAGGGCAUCACUCUAAAAAACAGAGAUGAGCAAAAAGUUUUUGACUCAAAUGGUCCCAGACUGGGGGGCUGUGUUCUGUAGGUGGGCUCUAAAGGUGAACUCAAGGGGCCCAAAACUAGAUUAGACCAAAAUAAAACUGCGUGUGCAUGUGAAUAAUUAGUCAAAACUCGAUUUUCAGUAAUGAAAAUGUUUAUUAUGUUGUCUAAAUUUUCUGGAUCCAAAUAAAGUCCCUGUCAUGGUUUAUUUUAGUUAAUGGCACAUGCGUUAGAUUGUGUUUUAAUUUUGUUUCAAAAUCUUUUCUGAUUUUGACAGGGAGAACUAGUUUUCAACCUAUUUAAAGGUCACCAAAUUGUAACCCUUGAAGCACAUUGAUUACUAAACAUUUUCAUUCUCUUUCCUUUUCAAAACUCUCUUUGAGUGAAUUUUGAGUAGUUGUAGGUUCAAGUAACCUUUGUGCCUUCAAAGAAGUUACGUUUUAUCCUUAUAUAUUCAAAGAUCAGCCCAUAUGGAUUCAAGGGUAGUUUCUAAUCCUUCUAGAUUCAAGGAUUUGAAAAUUCAUACCUUGUGGAUUGAAGGUGUAAUUUGCAUUAGUUUCACACUCCAAAUUCGUGUCCUGUGGAUUCAAGGAUUUGAAAAAUCGUGCCUUGUGGAUUCAAGGUGUAAUUUUCAUUAUUUUCACAUCCCAAAUUCGUGUCUUGUGGAUUCAAGCCUGGAAUCUUCCAUUCUGCUCAAUUGUUUGUGUAUUAAUUGGUAUCAGAGCAACUUUCAUAGAUAAUAGCAUUAUUUUGAUUCUCGUGGGCGCAAGGAUUCAACAAUUUUGUGCAUAUAAAUUAUGGCCUGAUUUUAUAUUCUUCCACAACUUCCACCACAUCAGGAUCUCCUUGUCCACAUACAAACAUAUAGCGUAAGUUAUUGGCAUGAGUUGAACAAAAUUCUAUCCUAACUUUAUUUGAUAAUUACGAACACAUACUAUUAGAAAAAUCUCGUUACUAUAUAUAUUUCGUAGGUUCUAAUGUAGCACUGCUUGUUACCUUGGUGUGAACUCCAAUAGUAUUGAAAAAAAUUCAUCCUCAGGCUUGUUAUUCCAUUUAUGCUGAUUUCAAUCAUUCAUUCAUGGGUCAUUGAUCUCAACCUCCUGUCACCCAUCAGAUUUUAGCUCUAUUUGAGCUGUAAUAUCCAUUGUUCGAGAAUUGUCAACUUUGUUGUGACUCCCUGAUGCUGUCUUCCUAGUAGUGCCAAGCUUUGAGUGAGCUAUCGGAAGCUCUUGAUGUUAGAUCAUUGACAUUGGUGAUCAAGCAGCUCGAGGCAAAGAUGGUGAAACUUGAGCACAACCUCGACAAGGUCAAUCAGAGGAGUUCCUAA